AUGGCUCCCAAGAGGAUCACCUCUCGCGAAUACAAAGUCCUCCUGAGCGCUGUUCGCUUCCAGGGCGACCGGCCCACCCUGCUGGCACGGGCGGCCGAGUUCUGGAGCGACUUUUCCAAAGCCGUCUCGGACGUCGUUGUGGACACCGACGGCGAGCUGCGUGAGGUCGACAAGGAGCGCCUGGUGCGGUACUUUGACACGCCGGGGCAGCUGCUGCGGGAGAAUGAUUACAUCUUCAGGGAGAGGGUGGGGCAGGCGCCAGGCAAGCGCGAGGUGGCGCUCAAGUUCCGGCACCCCGACAGAUAUGUGGUGCAGGAUCGAGACAUGGAUGCUGCCGAAAAAGACAAUGGGAAGACGAAAUUCGAGGAGGACAUAAAGCCGGGCUUCCAAAGGGUCUUCAGCUACUCUACAAAGCAAAGAAUUGAUGCUGAUCAACGUCUUGAUCGGUUGGACGACCUGGGGAGGCUGUUCCCAGGCAUGCCAAAGAAAGUGAAGGGCUAUGAUGGGGAGGUGCAAAUAGAGGUGGUGGGAGGAUUCACUGCAAAAGAGGUCGUCAUCAGCGGAGCAGAUUUUCAGAUCGGAAAGGACCCGAAGGUUGAGGCAGAGUGCUCUCUUGGCGUGUGGUACAACCAGGAUGACGACCACCAGAAGCCUGUGAUUGCAGAGUUCAGUUUUACAUAUGGGGACAAAGAUGAAGACUAUGAUGGCGAUGUGGCGUGGCGUGCCUGCAAGGCCUUCGACAUAUUGGAAGGCGAGGAGAUGGCCCAUUGGGUUUUCAAGGAGUCCACAACCAAGACUGCAUAUGUCUAUGACUUGGCUAGGAAAGCCUGA